AUGACCUCCACUCGGAACAAGUUCCUCCUGGCGCUUGUGGCCCUCGUGCUGCUCGCCACCUACGCUGCUGCGGUGAAGGGCGACUGCACUGUCGAGAACUGCGCGACGUGCCUUGAAGAGGACGCCACCCAGUGCGCGGAGUGCAAACCUGGCUACAAGCCGUCCGCUGUAGGACUGUGCGAACCAAUACCGCCCCCUCUCUGCAAUGUAGAGCACUGCGUGACGUGCUAUGAGGGGAACCCCAACUGGUGCAGGGACUGCGGCCCUGACUACAUACCGAAUGACAAGGGCCUAUGCGUGGAGUUACCCGACCCCCCCUGCAAUGUGGAGAAUUGCGCUAUGUGCAUUGAAGAUGACGAGAACCACUGCAGGUUCUGCAGACCUGGCCACAUGCCGACCGAUGAAGGCCAGUGCCAGGAAUUACCGGCCCCCUGCAAAGUCGAGCACUGCAGGCUAUGUCAUGCGUGGAGCACAAUCGAGUGCACGAUAUGCGACCCUGGCUACAACCUCACCGACAAAGGCCUGUGCAACAAGAUCCACGGCCCCUGCGAUGUCCCGAACUGCGCGAUGUGCCUUGAAGAGGACGCCACCCAGUGCGCGGAGUGCAAACCUGGCUACAAGCGGACCGACGCAGGCACUUGCGAGGCGAUCUCCUGCGAUGUCCCGAACUGCGCGACGUGCCUUGAAGAGGACGCCACCCAGUGCGCGGAGUGCAAACCUGGCUACAAGCGGACCGACGCAGGCACUUGCGAGGCGAUCUCCUGCGAUGUCCCGAACUGCGCGAUGUGCCUUGAAGAGGACGCCACCCAGUGCAAGGACUGCAACGCCGGCUACAAGGUGACCGACGCAGGCACGUGCGAGGCGGCAUCGGACGCCGCUGCGGCCCCGCACUCUGGCGUUGCCGCGGUGGCAGCACUGGCGGCUGCUGUGGUGGCCUACGCGCUGUGA